AUGCCUGGAGGAGAGACGGAGCCACUCCUGCCUCGCUACGAGGAUGAUACCUCACGCCAGCGUCGUCUGCAUCAGAAAUUGCAUAGCUACCAGAUGCUCCGCGCCCUUUCCGAGGGUUACAUGCCAUCCACCGAUCAGACCAUCGCCAAUCUACGUACGCUUCUGGCUUCGGAUAUCCUCAACCCUCGCAACCAAGACAUCGGUACUGUCGGCCGCCAGCUAGUCCGCGACUGUCGCCUCUGGAUUGAAAUAUUCAUUGAAUUUCUGCGGGAAAAGAACGGUGAUGAUCAGCUGCAGGAAUUCUUGUGGCAUCUCUCCAAGUCGAGAGCAUCGUUAGAUACGUCUCAGGUUGCCCGUCGUGCUUCUCACGUCAAAGCUCGGCAGGACACCAAAGCAGCAUAUGAUAGUCUCCGUACUGUGGGAAGCCUUCUCCUCACCAAUGCCGACUUUCGUCUCUUUGUCGAGGAUCUCACCACCGUUGGCCGGGAGAUCUUCUCUGACACAGCGCUCGCCUUGUCUGAUACUUCAAGACAGGUUGGAGAAAAGCUCAAGCCAUCUCAAGAGGAAUCGGGUGCAGUCCAACACGCAGGUGCGGAUGAGGGUCGAGCCGUGUCAAAGGAGGAACUCCGCCAGGAAAUCACCCAAGUCGCAGAGAUUGCGGGAAAUGGACUGAAAGACACUGGUCGAGAAGCCAUUGACAGUGCCAAGGAGCAUCUUGCCGGACAAGAGCGAGACACGCUGCUGCAUCGGCUCAAGCAGGCCGUUAUCAAGCUGCGAGAGCGAUCGGAUUAUUCCGACUCGGUUGGAACACUGGCACAGCUGGUGCAGCGGUAUGCGCAGCUGUACGCCAACGCCGCCUCCGAGGUCGUCUCCACGGCCGAGGAAGAGGUCGAUGUCAAUGAAGAUCUCAAACAGGCAAUGGAGAAGUUUUGGACGCUGCUUCAGUCCUUUGGAGAUGUUGAAGAGUGGAAGAAGUUGGAGCAGAAAUUCAAGGAAGUCAUCAAGCAUGCCAACAAGGACCCAGAGUUCGAGCAUUUCAUGUCGGAGAUUGGAGCCGCGCUCCAGGAAAUGCUGACGGAUCCCAAGUUCUUUGAUGAGGCUCCUAAAAAGGUGGAUGAACUGAAGGAGAAGUCAAAGAAUGUUGGCGCCGAAUCUAACUUGCGUCGGGACGUGGACGCCUUCCUAGCUCAGGCGAAGCGUACACUGCGGACUGUACCUGAGGAUACUCAAGUUUCGAAACUUGUUGACGUGACUCGCAAGAUCUACAGGGACGCAUGGAGGGGCUACCAAGAUCGAAAAAGCCAGCUGCCAUCAGACAUGGCGGAAGUUUUCUUUCCUCUGGUCAUUCGCAAUAUCCAAUAUAUCCCAAUCCCGCGGCUGGAGCUCUCUGCGCCAGAAAUGGAUCUGUUGAUCGAGAACCUGAUCCUUGAGCCCGGUCAUACCGUCAAUUUCUCAUCGUUCCUACCCUACCGUAUGCAUGUCACGACGCGCAACGACAUUGACAUUCUGAAGAAGCAUUCAAAGAGAACCGAGACCGACCUCAAAACCACAUUUACUGCGACGGUCUUUGGCCUCAACAUCAGUGCAUCCGAGUUUGGCUACUGGAUCCGCACUCAUGCAUGGCCGAUGUUCCGCAUCAAAGACGAAGGCAUUGCCAGCUUCUACCUCGAUAGACGGGGGAUCGACAUCUCGCUCGAUGUGGAAGUGGGCCGGGAGCGCUUGGAGCAGAUCUUUACCCUGCGCGGCGUGCGCGUUCGCAUCCACAAGCUCGACUACAAAGUGCACAAGAGCAAAUGGAAAUUCCUCCUGUGGCUGACCAAGCCCUUCUUGAAGCACCUUGUGCGUCGUGUGCUGGAGAAGAAGAUUGCCGAGUCCAUUGUCCAGGCGGCCUUUGCCCUCAACCGGGAGUUGGUAUUCGCCCGGGAACGGCUUCGGGCUGCUCGCAUUGCCAAUCCGCAAGACCUGGCGACCUUUGUCCGGGCCGUACUGGCCCGGUUGAGGCCGGCAGAGUCAGACGUCGAGGCCCCAAGCAGCGGUGUCUUCAAGGACGUCUAUGCGCCUGGAAGUAUUGUGAAAGUGUGGCGGGAGGAGGGGUUACGGGCUCAGGAGGCCAUCGAGGAGGGAGAUCAGAGCCAGGGUCUUGGACGGACUUGGCGGAAUGACGUUUUUGAUGUUGUCGGACGGUCUUGGGGAAGUACUUGA